UCACAUAGAGUGAGAAGGUAAGGUCCACUAGUGCGUUAUUCGUGAAAAAGCAAGAAGACUAGCGUGGAGUGCGAGUGACAGAUCAAGAGUGGCCAAAGCACCGAAAGGUCCGAAACGCAAAAGAAAAAGAAAGAGAGGGAAUCUUAGGGUUUCGGAGGCCGAGAUGGCGAGUCCGCAACCGGAACGGCUCGCGAUCACUCCGAGUUCGGCUCGGCCUUUGUCGAUAACGCCUGGCUCUAGGGUUUUGAAAACCCCUCUCAGCGACGAAGCGAUCUGGAAGCGCCUCAGACUGGCCGGGUUCGAUGAGGAGUCGAUCAAACGGAGGGACAAGGCUGCGCUUAUAGCCUAUAUUGCAAAGCUUGAAGCUGAGGUCUUUGACCACCAACACCACAUGGGCCUUCUUAUAUUGGAAAGAAAGGAGUUAGAUUCCAAGCACGAGCAGAUCAAAGCUUCUGCAGAAACAGUUGAAAUAAUGCGUAAGCGUGAUCAAGCUGUGCAUCUAUCUGCUUUAGCUGAGGCAAGGAGACGAGAAGAUAGUCUGAAGAAGUCUGUAGUAGUCAAGGAUGAGUGUAUAGCAAGUCUUGAGAAGGCCUUGCAUGAGAUGCGUGCAGAAUCUGCUGAAAUAAAGGUUGCAUCUGAGAGUAAAUUGGACGAAGGGCGCAAUAUGGUAGUGGAUGCUCACAAGAAAUUUAUUGAGGCUGAUGCAAAGCUGCAUGCAGCAGAAUCUUUAGAAGCGGAAGCUAGUCGGUGUCACCAUGCUGCUGAAAGAAAACUGCAGGAAGUUGAAGCACGUGAAGAUGAUCUCAGGAGGCGUAUUGUAUCAUUCAAGUCUGAUUGUGAUGAAAAAGAGAAGGAGAUCAUUCUUGAGAGGCAAUCUUUAGGUGAAAGGCAGAAAGCAUUGCAGCUUGAACAUGAAAGGUUACUUGAUGCACAAGCUUUGCUAAACCAGAGGGAGGAUUACAUUUUUAGUAGAUCUCAGGACUUAAAUCGACUUGAAAAAGAGAUAGAGGAUUCAAAGGUGAAUAUUGAGCAGGAACGUAGAGCUUUAAAUGAAGAUAGAUCCAAUCUAGAGCUGACCAAGGCUUCCUUGUCAAAAAGAGAGCAGGAUGUCAUUAGAAGGGAAGCUUUGCUUAACAAGGAACAGCAAGACCUUCUUAUUUUACAGGAAAAACUUGCAAGCAAGGAAUCUGACAAAGUCCAAAAAGUCAUUGCCAGUCAUGAAAAUGCUUUGAGAACAAGGAAGUCAGAAUUUGAUGCUGAGCUGGAGAUGAAGCGAAAAUCUAUUGAAGAUGAAAUUGAGACUAAGAUGCGGGCUUGGGAGUUGAAGGAGAUGGAUCUUAGGCAAAGGGAGGACCUAAUGUUGGAGAGAGAACAUGAUUUGGAGGUUCAGUCAAGGGCAUUGGCAGAUAGGGAGAAAGAAGUGGCAGAGACAUUGAAUCUGCUUGAUGAGAAAGAAAAACGCCUAGGGGCUGCUGAGGAGGAGUUUGAGCGGAACAAAGCCUGUUUGCAAGAAGAAAAAGAAGUGACUAACAAAAUGAAAGUAGAGCUUCAGAAGUCACUGGAUUCAUUGGAUGACAAAAAGAAGCUGGUUGAUUAUGCAAAGGACAAGUUAGAGGCCAUGAAAACCGAAACAAGUGAGUUAUCAGUUUUAGAGAUGAACCUUAAAGAAGAAAUAGAUAUGGUUAGGGCUCAAAAAAUGGAGGUCCUCGCUGAUUCAGAUAAGUUGAAAAUAGAGAAGGCAAAGUUCGAAGCUGAAUGGGAGUUAAUUGAUGAAAAAAGAGAAGAGCUACGGAAGGAAGCAGAACGUGUAGCUGAAGAGAGACUGGCCUCUUCCAAGUUUAUUAAGGAUGAGCGCGAUAGCCUUAGACUGUUAAAAAUUGAAAUGCAAGAUCAGUAUAAAUGUGAUGUUGAGGCACUUAGCCGUGAGCGAGAAGACUUUAUGAAUAAGAUGGUGCAUGAUCGUACUGAGUGGUUCAGCAAGAUGCAGCAAGAACGUGCAGAUUUCGUACUGGAUAUUGAGAUGCAUAAGAGGGAACUGGAGAACUGUUUUGAGAAAAGACGUGAAGAAUUAGAGAGUGAUUUGAGGGAGAGAGAGAAAGCCUUUGAGCAAGAAAGGAAAAAUGAACUUCAUUAUAUAAGCUCUCUCAAAGUACAAGCGGAGAAAGAGUUGGAACAGGUUGCUUUAGAAAUGAAAAGACUUGAAACUGAGAGAAUGGAGAUAAAUUUGGAACGUGAGGAAAGAAACAAGGAGUGGGCAGAGCUAAAUAAUUGCAUUGAGGUUCUUAAGGUCCAAAGAGAGAAAUUGAAAAAACAAAGGGAGCUAUUGCAUGCAGAUAGAGAAGAGAUUCUUGCCCGGAUUGAAGACCUUAAAAAACUGCAGGAUUUAAAUGUUGCAUCAGAUAUUGUUGCUGAUGCUGAAUUGCAAAAUUCUGAACCAAGGAGGAAAAUUUCUGCAAAAAGAAUUUUGAAACAGCAAACUCUUAUACAAAAUGCCAAUGUUACUGACAUUGACAAUGGGUUCAAUUCUCCAUCUAAGCACAAUCUGGAUGGUGCUUCUACUCAUAGCUCUACUCCUUUUUCAUGGAUUAAACGAUGUAGAGAAUUAAUAUUCAAACAUUCUCCAGAUAAGGCUUUGAUGAAGUAUGAAGAAAGGUCUUUGGUACCUGACCAUGAAAAUGCAAGCAAUAUGCAAAAGUAUGUGAGAGAGAAGUCAAGCGAGAGACAGCAGGAAAGGUAUGCUCUUGGUGAACCAAAAGUGAUAGUUGAAGUGCCCCCUGUAGGUGACGAUGUAAAAGCAACACAUUAUCUUGAAUCUGAAAUCAAGGAAUAUGCCAGUGAAAAGUGUGCCCCUUCAGUUUCUGAGCAAGGGCUUCGGGCUGGAAGGAAAAGAAGAGUUAAACACACUAUAUCCAAUGAUGGUGUUAAUUUACAACCAGAGCAAAGGCAGAACAAUAAGAAAAGGAGGCAGCGAGAAGAUGACACUGCAGCUCAACCGGCCAAUACUGAGAGUUUUAUUUCCUCCCAACCAAAUGUUCCAGAAGAUCAGCAUGCAUUGUUGUCAUCCUCUCGAACUCGAGAAGGUCCUGAAGAGGCUAAUGUAGUUGUUAUAGAUAAAAUCAUACAAAUCUCAGAAGUGACUCAUGAGAAAACUGAUAGUGACAACUUUCCAAAUGAAGACAAAUUAGACUCUUUGUUGAAUCCCUUAGCGGAAUUGGAGCUGGAUAUUCUUUCAGGUGAAGGAAUAAAUGGUUGUGCGGAUUCUUCACAUGUACAGAAUGGUAUCUUACCCUGUAGCCCUAAGGCGCCAGAAAAGCCAUAAGAAGUACAAAAUUCUGGACAAGUUAUUGAGCAUUGUCAGUAUCAUUGAAGAGACAGUUCCAAAAGAGUGAACAGGAAGUUGAAGAUAAUGGCCCUGCCAAAUCAUAAUGAAAAGGUUGAUGACAAAAUUCAACAGUGGACAAGGUCGCGAAACAGAAGUAGAAGAUUUCUGGCUUUUUGUUGGAUGCACCAGUUGUUCACUUACUGUAAUGCACACAGACUGUCCUCUUCACUCCUUUCUAAGUAGUUUUGGCUGGUGAUAUCUCUUUGAGUGGGCUGAAUAUGUAAAUGACUGCUCAUAGUGAUCUUAUGAGAAGUUUGUAAAUGUUUUGUGCAUCUUUUAUUGGCUUUGUUUGUGUAGUUUUCAUUUAGGGAGGCGAUUGUUGCCAAUAUUUGUAUUGCCAAGGGGUGGUGUUUGAGCAUUUUGUAUGAUGGUCUCCAUGUUAUGGCUUUUGGGUUGUC